AUGACCCGUCAAAACCACGAAGCGCAAGACGAGACGACUCCGUUGCUGCGAUACCACAACAGUGCCGAUAGCCAAGGAAGAUGGUCACUGGCGCGUCGACGAUCUUCGGCCUUUCUGUCCUUCCUCUCACGACCGGAAGGCGAGGACGGCGACGAGUACCUCGAAUGGCAACGGAAGCGCUCUCGAUACCUGAUCAUCGGCCUGCUGUUGCUGAACAAUGCUGGCAUCGGCAUCUUGAAUUCGUUCGCCAUCGAAAUGGUUCAGACUCUGGCAUGUGCAGAGUACUACUACUCCUCGCCCGAUGGAUCCACGUUCCCAACGCUUCCGACCGUAGGUGAUCCAUCCGACCUCUGCUCCGUCGCUUGGGUCGACAAGCGCAUCAGCCAAGUCAGCACAUACGCGGACACAUUCGGCAGUCUCACGUCUAUCAUCUGUUCGCUCGUUCUGGCGAAAGCCAUCUUCCCACGCUUCAGCCGCAGAGCAAUCGGCAUCUCCGCCAUAUCGUCCUUAUUGCUUUUCGGGGUCUGUCUGGCUUUGAUCCCGACUCACUACUCAUUCGAUCCUACAAUGCCAUCCGUCUCGACGAUGCAUCCCAGAACGGCACUCAACCUCUUUCUCGCCGUGUACGUUGUUGGAGGUCUGUUAGGCGGGCCCCAGACCGCCAUGCCACUCUUGGGCCAGGUCAUGAUGCUCGAUGUAUGUCGCGUUGACGAAAAGACGACUGCGUUUGCUCAAAUUUCAGCCACGCAGACCUUGGGCAUCGGUAUCGCAUCUCUACUGCUGCGAAUCAUCCUGCCCUCUUUCGGCAUCGAGUUCAGCGUAUUACGCCAUCAGGGUCCCUUUUCGCCGUUCUGGAUGUUUGUCAUCGCGACCGCCAUCACCACGGUGCUCGUCAUCCUCCUUCUUCCAGAGACAAAGUCGAUGACAGUAGCUCAGUCUCAGUCCCGUCGAGACUCGGCCUCGAGCAGUGAUGGGCUACUAUACACAACAGAAAGCAAUGCAGAGGGGCAGACACCUUCCUCGUCCGCGAUGAACAAGCCGCGGUCCUCACCGCAAAACUUCCUACAAACUACCAAGGAGACUUUGGGUCUAUUCAGCUACCUUCUUCCAUACCGGACAUCCCCCGGAGCCAGAAUGGACUACAAGCUGACCCUCAUCCUCUGCGCUACCAUCUUCAGCGACACCAUCACACUCGUCUGGGGCAAUCUCUUGGUCUUCUGUUCAACACACCUUCGCUGGGGUCCGAAGAAUGUGAGCACUUUCAUGGGCUUGCUAUCGCUCAAAGGUGUUUUCGCCAUGUUCUGUCUGCCCUACAUUGUCAAAGCUGUACAUCGCAUCGUAAAGAGGCGGAUGCGUGAGGAGGUUUUGGCCGCCAAUGUUGAGGAGCUGUCGGCAGAAACGCAGCUGGUGAAACGCGAGCGGUCUGUCAUCAAGACUGACAGCAUAAUCGCUAUUGGUUCGUUGGUUGCUGAUUGCUCUUGCUUCAUCAUGAUGGGUAUCGCAGCCACCCGCCUGUCAAGUGGUGGUAUCUAUGCGAGCACGUUCUUCCUCCUCCUCGCAUCCGGUGCAAUCCCAGCAAUUCAGGCUCUCUCCGUCGACUUUUUCCUCGCCCAGAACCGCCCCACGACAGACUCCGUCGCCGCAAGAGACACCUUCGUAGGCUUCAUGAACAUCCUCUUUUCCAUCAUGGCCACCUUCGGCCCGCUCAUCAACAACACCAUCUACACUUGGAGCGUAGACAACAAUAUACCAUCGCUCGUCUUCUUCUGGACGGCAAGCGUCAGCUUCAUCUCGCUGAUCUUUGUGUCUCUGGCCGGUUUCACAACGUAG